AUGAGCCUAAUAAAUGCGUAUAAAGUGAUCCACUUCCACCGGACAUCUACUGUCCGGCAUGACCGAACAGGGGUGGUAAUUACUAUAUUUGGGAAAAGAGGGGUGGUAUAUACAGGCUCUCAAAAGAAACAUAAAGGGGCCUGUUCAGCGUUACCUAAAGUGGAAAAAACACGUAAAAUGGAAACAGACGAUGACGAUAACGGAUCAUCAGUUCUUUUGAAACGUCACAAGCCAAGUUUAUUUGCAUACCGAGAUCAUGUUUGUAUCGCUAUUGUUGACGAUGUUGCUGAAAUAUAUACCUGUGUGUCUUCAAACAUUAAGAAGUCGAAGGUGUUUGAUCUCCUUGUCUAGAAUGUUUGCUGCAUUAAUUUCCUAACAUAUAGCUAGUUUUGUAGUUGUUAAGUAGAUUUAAAAAAGCAGCGAAGCUAUG